GCAGAACAUGGGGACAAGCGACGAUGGCCUCACUGGGAUUAUUCGGUCGAUCAUGGUCUCGGUACUCACGUGGCGAACGAUCGACAUACCACAAAGGGCAGACUUGCUUGUGGCGGUUGCCCCGGAAUUGCACUCUCUUGCUUCCGUGCAUUCAACACAAAACCUCGUAAUCACAACAGUCGCGUCGCCUUUCUUACCAGGCGCUCUUUCAUACUACGUUUAAAUCCGAAGAUGGUGAGGAGAAUUAUCCUUGACGAAGACGAGGAAGAUGAGCUGGAGGACACCACCAGUGAUAUGCAAAUGUCAGAGGAGGAAGUUGACGUUGAGGUCGAUGAUACCACUAUCCGACCGAACGCCACCCAGGACGAAGAAGUUAACGUAGAGGACGAAGAGGAACUUUCAGAGAAAGAGGAUGAACUUGAGGAAGAAGAACAGGAAGGCUCGGAUAUUGACGAGUUGUCGCCCCCACCAUCAGACAUGGUAGAGGAGGAACCGGCCAUACAACCUAGACUCAAAAUAAAGCUCAAACUUGGGAAGGUCAAGGGAGGUAUCUCUGCAGAUACCGCAGCUUCGACACCUGGCCCGAGUGCUAGCGUAUCCCGAACAACCUCACGUCGUGCACCGUCAAGAGACAUCGACAUCGAGUCGGAAGAGCCCGAAUCUGAGGAAGAUGUUGUUUCCACCCGUUCAACUUCGGUAGCUACUACGGCCACUCCAGGCAGGGCAUUGACAGCGCGUCAAGCUGCGCUUGCCAACGUUGUUGAGACCAGUCAUGUUUCGCUCGCUGAGCCACCAAACCCGCGGAAGAAGAAGCCUCUCACGGAUAUUGAGAUCGCCCUCAAACGCGAAGAGACUGCACGGAAACGCAAGAACUUGUCGGAAAAGAAACUGCAGGACGAAAAGGCAGAGACCAUCAACCGUCUCCUGAAGAAACAAUCUCGGGCUAAAGGCAGACGGAAUGCACUUGCGACUGCCGAGGAUAAGCCUCCUACCCCAUUGGCUGCUGUCACCAACGCUCUCGAUCUCGAAGCUGAGGAAGGUGUCGAAGGAAGUGAAACUCCGGCGCUCGUACUUCCCACCAUGUAUCGCUGGGUCUCAAAAGUGAAGACUGAAACAAAUGGCGAUGGAGAAAGCACGAAGCAAAUGGCGUUGUCAUUCUCUGUCCCUGCUGCUGUUUUACCACAGAGCCGUUCUACCGGAAUAGGAAUGGAUGUCGAUACAGAAACCGCCCGCCCCGAAUUAAAACAGGUGCAACCACUAUGCAAUGCUCCAGGGUGCACUGUUCCAAGGAAAUAUCGUCUGGUGAAAGACUGGCAGCGUGGAGCAUGUGGUAUGCCUCAUCUUAAACUUUUGGAGUCUCAGAUGGCCACAGUUACCUAGCUAUAUAUAUAUAUACCUGUAUGGGAUCUGUAUUUCUAGUUAUUGUUGUAAUUUGUGUAUCAGUACCUUUCUGGAUAUCUCGGUCUUACGUUACGCCAAGUGUAUUACCUACAACAACGUUGAGACGCCUGAAACUGUCGGAAGGCAACCUUGUCACAACAGAUACGAAAUACAUAGUUAAUACCACUCUACUACUCAUAGCACCAAGAUAUAGCUCCGAUGAGGCUCGCAGUUACAAUAUAGAGAGCAUCACAGA